CCAUCAACCUGGUUUAUACGUGCUCGACACACUGUUUUCCGUUCUAGUCAUUGGAACUUUAGUUGUUAUUGUCUGGAGAGGAGUAUGGGGAAUAAUGGAUAUAACAUUUUACCCGUUCGACCGGACAAAAUCAUCUUGGAGUUCUUUGAUUCUUGGCUACAUAAUCGUCGUCAUAACAUUCGUUAUUAAACCUAUUAUACGCUGCAUAUGCAAGAAAAUUGACGGAAUAUGUAAAUUAAUUAUUUGUGACAUGUUCUAUUUUUUAAUAUUUUUUGGAGCUGUAAAUGCUUGGCGAGGAAUAUGGAACCUGUUGGAUAUUUACGUAUAUCCAGGUAAGUAUAACGCAAAAAAUAAAAUACUAAGCUAUUGGUUAACACAUCUAAUACCAUUCCUUGUACUUGCUGCCCUGAAAUGCUCUAAUUCAGUAUUAGUGCGUGGGGUUUUCAUUGAUGCAGAAGGUACAUCCGAUGAAUGUGUAACUAUUCCAAUAAAUUAUGUUAAACUACAUUUUGAAAGAGAACGCAAAAAGAAAUGUAUAUAUAUGUGCCAUCAGACGGACAUGAAGAAAAAGGCGAAUAAGGAUGGUCAAAUCAGUUUACUCGAGAAGUCUGAGAAAGUAGUAAUUAAAAAGCAAGCUGGCAAAGAUGCAACACGCCUUGUAUAACCAAUAUACAUAGAUGCAUGUAUGAAAUAUUUUCUACAUGAGAAGUAUGUACAUCCAACCGUGCGCGUUAAUAGAUAUGUGAUUUACCAGAAGGAAAAAGAGGAA